GCCUGAAAUGCCUACGAAUGUUCUCAACAUCUUGACAGAAAUUGACUCUGUGGCUCACCAGGCAUAUUUUUGUACGGGUGUGUGGUGUUGUCAUCAUGGCGGCGAGCAUUUCAGAUGAUGACAUAAUUCGCAAGCGGCUGCUGAUUGAUGGGGAUGGCAUCGGGGAUGACAAACGCAUCAGCACGCUGAUGAAAACCUUCAUGAAGUGGUGCAACACUCCGGGGUCAGAGGAGGAGAGCAAUGCCACCUACCAGCGCAUGCUGGCCCAGCUGGCCCAGUGUGAACAUGCCAUGGAGAAAACUCAGCUCAUCCACAACAUGAACAUCCAUGAGAUCAACAACUACGAACAACUCUACACAGACAUAGAACAGAGUAUAGAAGAUGCCCACACGAAGAUUGGUGACUGCAAGCAGGAACUUCAGCAUGCCAAGAGAGUCCGCAAGAACAGACAAGAGUAUGAUGCCCUUGCCAAGGUCAUCCAGCAGCAUCCAGAUAGACAGCAGACCAUGAGGAGACUUGAGGAGCUCCAGAAAGAACUGAAGACACUGAAGGACUCCAGAGAGGGUCUGGAGGCCAAGAUGGAGAUGCGACAGAAGCAGUUCCAUGUGUUGGUAACUUCCAUCCAUGAACUACAGGCCAUGCUAGAGGAAGAUGAGAAGGAUGAGGAUGAAGAGGAACAAAUGGAUACAGGCUCUAGCACAUAACGCUAGGUGUAGGAUCCAGCACAUGGUACUAGAUAAUGGGCAAGAUACAUUGUACACCACUGACUGUCUGUGCUAGAUGCACAGGGAACAGGCUAGUCACACAUACCAUAAAGGUCCAGACCAAAAUUAGUAUACAGUUUACUUAUUUAACUUCAUGUUAUCCAAUCAUUGGUUGAAGAAAUUCUAGAAAACCACAUUCUGACCCUCCCAUCUGUAUUAAUGAUGAACCAAGGCAUUUCUCUGAAUUUAGAUGCCUCAUAAGUGCAGCUCUCUUGUGAAUAUGUAGAUUGAGUAACAUUUGGAGACAUUAAUUUUCAUCUAAUACUGAAGAAUUUUUGGUUUGUGGUCAACAUGUGAGAAAAUGUUGUGGUUCUUGGCAGUUCCUACAAGCAUCAAGCCUGUGACGUGUCAGGCUGAUGGACCCGUAGACUUUUUCAUGUAUAAUCCAUCAUGUAAAAACCGGCCAUGUUCAGUUCCAAAUACAUGUAUGUUUUGACACAUUAAAACAUGUGGAGUUGUUCAAAGGGUAGCCAAUGCUGUAUACAUACAUGAUGUUCUUCCAACAUCUUCAAUGAUGGCCUAGACCUCUUAGGAAAGGUGAUAAGCCACUGGCCAAAGGUGUAUGUGUUAUGUAAACAUUUUAAAGGUCUUCUUUGGUUGAAACUAUUCUGUUAUCCGCUGACCUUAUGCUGAAAGGUUUGAUCUUUCAAAGAUUAAUAGAUGGACGCUCAGUGUCGGUAGGGGGGUCCAGAUAUGUAGGCCACUGCUGGCAACAUGUGCUGGUCUCACCUUGUGUACUAUGUCAUAACUGAUCCCUUUAAUACUACACGUGUGUUCAUGUAAUCUUCAGGAUGUUAAGUUAAUCUUCCAUGCCACACAUUUGUGGACUCAUAGUGAACUUUUGAAGGCAGCAACAUAUAACAUUCCUACCCAGACACUGCUGACUACCAGCAGUGUCCAGUUGUGCACACCAGUUCAGUAAACCCACAUUAUGCAAAGGCACAUUCAAGUGACGUGCGUUUAUGUAAUCUUGCUGAAAUUGUUCACCCACAGUGGUAACUUUUCCUUUAGUCACUGACUUCAUAUUAAAAGGUUUGAACUUUUGGAGAUUA